GAAAGGUUGGUGGACAGUCUCCGUUGUGAAGCUAGUCUCGCAUGUGCUGUUUCCCCGGCUUUUGUUUCAGCAGCUGAAGCCUCACAGCGUCGGUCAAGCAGUGUAUCAAAAUGAAACGAGUCUGGAUGAUAGGUCUUCUUUUUGCACUUCUAGCCUUUGCUGCUGUAAGGGCCGAAGACGAACUUGAUGUAGAAGGGACAGUAGAGGAAGACUUGGGAAAAAGCAGAGAUGGCUCCAGAACAGACGAUGAAGUGGUGCAGAGAGAGGAGGAAGCUAUCCAGCUGGAUGGUUUAAAUGCAGCUCAGGUUAAGGAACUCAGGGAAAAGUCUGAAAAACAUGCUUUCCAAGCUGAAGUCAAUCGUAUGAUGAAACUCAUUAUCAACUCUCUCUACAAGAACAAGGAGAUCUUCCUAAGGGAGCUGAUUUCUAAUGCCUCAGAUGCUCUCGAUAAGAUCCGCUUGUUGUCUCUGACUAAUGAGGAAGCAUUGGCCGCCAAUGAAGAGUUGACCAUCAAAAUCAAAUCUGAUAAAGAGAAGAACAUGUUACACAUCACUGAUACUGGAAUUGGAAUGACCAAAGAGGAGCUGAUAAAGAACUUGGGUACCAUCGCCAAGUCUGGCACCAGCGAGUUCCUCAACAAGAUGACAGAGAUGCAAUCCGAAGGGCAGUCUACGUCAGAGCUGAUUGGACAGUUUGGUGUGGGUUUCUACUCUGCUUUCCUUGUUGCUGACAAGGUCAUUGUAACAUCAAAGCACAACAAUGACACUCAGCAGAUCUGGGAGUCCGACUCGAACCAGUUCUCCGUCAUUGAGGACCCACGUGGAGACACACUGGGCAGAGGGACCACCAUUACACUGGUUCUCAAGGAAGAGGCCUCAGACUAUCUGGAGCUGGAGACCAUCAAGAACCUCGUCAAGAAAUAUUCUCAGUUCAUCAAUUUCCCCAUCUAUGUUUGGGCCAGCAAGACUGAGACCGUAGAAGAGCCAAUUGAGGAAGAUGCUGAGGCAGAGGAAACAGAGAAGGAGACCCCUGAAGAUGAAGCUGAAGUAGAGGAAGAGGAGGAGGACAAAGACAAGCCAAAGACAAAGAAGGUUGAGAAAACUGUGUGGGACUGGGAACUGAUGAAUGACAUCAAGCCCAUCUGGCAGAGACCAGCUAAGGAGGUUGAGGAGGAUGAGUACAAGGCUUUCUACAAGACCUUCUCAAAGGAAAGUGACGACCCUCUGGCUCAUAUCCACUUCACCGCUGAGGGUGAAGUUACCUUUAAGUCCAUUCUGUUUGUGCCCAAUUCAGCUCCCCGUGGCCUCUUUGACGAGUAUGGCUCCAAGAAGAAUGAUUACAUUAAGCUGUUUGUCAGAAGAGUUUUCAUCACAGAUGACUUCAAUGACAUGAUGCCCAAAUAUCUGAACUUCGUAAAAGGAGUGGUGGACUCAGAUGACCUUCCUCUUAAUGUGUCCAGAGAAACUUUGCAGCAGCACAAACUGCUUAAGGUAAUCCGUAAGAAGCUGGUUCGUAAGACUUUGGACAUGAUCAAGAAGAUUGCAGAGGAACAAUACAAUGAUAAAUUCUGGAAGGAGUUUGGAACCAACAUCAAGCUGGGCGUCAUUGAGGAUCACUCCAACAGGACUCGUCUGGCCAAGCUUCUCCGUUUCCAGACCUCCAACAGUGAAACAGACGUGGCCAGUCUGGAGCAGUAUGUGGAGCGCAUGAAGGAGAAGCAGGACAAGAUCUACUUCAUGGCAGGCACCAGCAGGAAGGAGGCUGAGUCUUCUCCCUUCGUAGAGAAGCUUCUGAAGAAGGGCUAUGAGGUGAUUUACCUGACAGAGCCUGUGGAUGAGUACUGCAUCCAGGCACUGCCCGAGUUCGAUGGAAAACGCUUCCAGAACGUGGCUAAAGAGGGUGUCAAAUUUGACGAGAGCGAAAAAGCCAAGGAGAAGAGAGAGGCUCUGGAGAAGGAGUAUGAACCUCUCACCACUUGGCUGAAAGACAAGGCCCUGAAGGACAAGAUUGAGAAGGCAGUUCUCUCUCAGAGGCUAACCGAUUCACCUUGCGCCUUGGUUGCCAGUCAGUAUGGUUGGUCAGGAAACAUGGAGAGGAUCAUGAAGGCACAAGCUUACCAGACAGGAAAAGAUAUUUCCACAAGUUAUUAUGCCAGCCAGAAGAAAACACUAGAAAUCAACCCCAAACAUCCACUUAUCAAGCAGAUGCUCAGCAAAGUCAACUCGGGUGCCGAGGACCAGACUGCAUCAGAUCUGGCAGUGGUUCUGUUUGAGACGGCCACACUGCGCUCAGGGUACCAGCUGGCUGACACGAAAGCAUAUGGUGACAGAAUAGAGCGCAUGCUCCGACUCAGCAUGAACGUUCCCCUGGAUGAACAGGUAACAGCAGAGGAUGAUGACUCUGAAGAUAAAGAGGAAAUUGUAGAUGAUGAUGACGAUGAUGAAACGCAAACCGGUUUUAUCCACAUUCAUAGACUGAUAACAGGAAUGAGUAUAGAAAUUCCUGAAGGACUGACGGAGCUGUUACAGAGCUUUACCGUGGAAGUGUUAAGGAAUCAGCCCAGGGAUUUGCUCGAGUUUGCAUUACAGUACUUCACCCAGCUGAAGGACAGUGAGACCAAAGAGGCCUCUUUUGGCAAUGACCAAAAUUCGGCCCCAAGAUCCGGAAAAGCGGUCAAUUUCAUUGACGAAGCCAUGCAGAUCGAUUCUGAGAAUGGAGAGGAGGAAGACGACGAUGACGAGGAAUUUAUAGCCCCGGUGAUAAACAGAUUCAUCAGAAGAGCAUCAGUGUGUGCUGAGGCAUUCAAUCCUGAUGAAGAUGAAGAAGAUAAAGAGCCAAGGGUCACCUACCCCAAAACCGAUGAGCAGAGACAAAGACUACAGGAAGCAUGUAGGGACAUUCUUCUGUUCAAGAAUUUGGAUCCAGAAGAGAUGUCUCAGGUCUUGGAUGCCAUGUUUGAGAAGUUUUGUAUCGAAGGCGAGCACAUCAUUGAUCAAGAUGAUGAUGGGGACAACUUCUAUGUUAUCGAAAGCGGGACGUUUAACAUUUUUGUGAAGGUUGAUGGUGUAGAGAAGCUGGUCGGCUGCUAUGACAACAGAGGCAGCUUUGGAGAACUAGCGCUGAUGUACAACACCCCCAGAGCAGCCACAAUAAUUGCCAACUCGCCUGGAGCCCUUUGGUGCCUGGAUCGUCUGACUUUCAGGAGGAUUAUAGUGAAGAACAAUGCCAAGAAGAGGAGACUGUAUGAGGCAUUCAUUGAAACGCUACCACUACUCACAUCUUUAGAGAUGUCAGAGAGAAUGAAGGUAGUAGACGUGCUCUCCACCAGGGUGUACAAUGAUUCACAGCAGAUUAUUGCUCAGGGUGAUUUAGCAGAUUGCUUCUACAUCGUUGAGAGUGGCCAAGUUAGAAUUACCAUGAAACGAAGCCGGACAAAAAAAGACCAGGAGGAAGAGGAGGUGGAUAUCACCACAUGCACAAGGGGCCAGUAUUUUGGGGAGUUGGCUCUUGUCACAAAUAAGCCCAGAGCUGCAUCUGCCUAUGCUGUGGGAAGUGUCAAAUGUUUAGUCAUGGACGUUAAAGCCUUCGAGAGGCUGCUUGGCCCAUGCAUGGACAUCAUGAAGAGAAACAUUGCUAACUAUGAGGAGCAACUGGUGACGCUGUUCGGAAGUAGCCCCGAAAUUGAGCAACGUGCAUGAGAUGACUCCAAUGGACCACGAAGGAUUAAAUGGGUGGAAGAAAAAGAGGCUUGUAUGGAUGUUUUCUUCAGAAUCACUUAAACAGCUAUUUUUUUUUUAUUUAAACAAAAAAUUUAAAAAAAAGUGACGAUCCAUCACACCACAACAUUUGCGUGUCAGAUAAAUAAAACAGACUCUGAUAAGGCUUAUUUUAGUAGAGUUUGCCACAGAAUACCAUUACCGCAGUAAGCUAAAGCAGACUUGCUUAAAGCUUGCUUAAUUUAAUUUAAUAUGACCAUCACCUUAUAAAUGUAAGUGUACAUUUUACUUGUCAGUGUCAGGUGCAUUAUUUGUUUGUAAACUGAACACUUUGUUAACUUUCACAUUUUUCCACAGUGUUCAAGCUGCAUCUACUGUAUAUUAUUGUUUGUACAUUUCUAAAUCUUACUGGUUAAAAACCAGAUGCUGAAGCUUAUUUCUUACUGGAUUAAUGUGAGGGCGUAUAUCAUCUUCUCCCAUUACAGUAGCAAGAGCACUGGCUCAAAAUCCCCAAUGUGAGAAAAGCAAAGAGUCUCCAAAAGACAUUGGUUAGAAUUUCAUCUUUUACGUGUUGACUACAGCUGAAUGCAGUUGACAUUUUUUACAAAAUUACAUCUAUGUUUACCACCAGAUUGAAUCCCUUAAAUUCAUGCUCUUAAACUGUUUAUCAUUGUUGGUAAGUGUUUGUGGCUGUUUGCCUAAUGCUCUGCUUUUGCUAAAAAAAGCCAACUUAAGAGAGAUAGCUGAUAGUUUUGUAAGAAUAUACAACACAUUGCUGUACAAUUUUAAAAACUGAGUAUUUACUGUUAUUAUAUAGGACCACUUUUAACUUAAUAAGUUGCCCCGGUAGACUGUAGUCAUUAUAAGCAGUGUCUUGAAACAAUUAAUUUUUCUGUGUUUUAAUGUAAAAUUUAGCUCAUAUUGUUUGUGUAGGUAAAAUAUACGUUAUAAAGACAUCCAUUAUUGCUGUCUACCUCUGCCAACAACUUUUAUUGAUUCUCACUCAGUGGGAAUCUAAAGUGGGUCCUUUACUUCGUCUCUCUUUUUGAAACCAAGUCUUCUGUAUUCUUUCUGCAGCUGAAUUGUUUUAAACUGGUUUACAUGUAAACAUGCCAAUUUUAUUCCUUUCUGGUAGUACUAGUCAUUUUUAAAGGCAAACCACGACAUUAGCUAGAGGAAGAAAUGUAUGUUUCACUUUUCAUGUCAAUAAAAAACGUUUUAUA